GCUUGCAUCCUCCCUCCCCAUUUCCCAGUCUUUGAGGCAUAAGGUGCAGGCGCCUCAGCGUGAGGAUUGCGGAUCCUUUCCCCGCUCCAGUCCUUCCACGCCGCUCAGCGCACGCAGGGAUGGGAGAGAGAGCCGCCGGGAGACAGCAGGGCGCCCACACCAGCAGCUCCAUCUGAAAGGUUCACCCGCAGGUGCCAGGAGACCCCCCAGGACAGAGCGCCUCACCAGGACCCCCUGUCAGUCCCGAGCGGAGCAGAAGAUGAAGUCCGACGGGUUGGGGGGGCCCGGGCAGACCGCCAACGCGGGGAAACCCGCCUGCAACAAACCUGGGGAGGGCGAGGCGGCCGUGGCCAAGAACGCCAAAGACAAGGCCAAGGCGGCCAAGCCGGGGGAGAGGGGCACGCCGUCCAAGACCAGAACCGUGGUCAGGGACAAGCCGGAGGUCAACGGCGUGGCCAAAGCGGAGGCCCCGGGGCCGCAGCGGGAAAAUGGCGGGGCCGGCGGAGUCGCCAACGGAAUCCGAGGCUCCCCCACCGCCAAGGACCGGAGGCCCGCCACAGGCACCAGGCCCAAAGCCCAGGCCGCCAACGCGGCCCCGCCCAAACCCGCCAAGCUUCCGAGGAGCGGCUCGGGGAAGGACCCCGCCCCGGGCCCCGAGAGCGCCGGGGCCCACCUCCCCCUCAGCGCCUCCACCUCCGGGAGCGCCUCGCCCGAAAACGGCUCCAGCAGCCCCCGCAGCUCCACCCCAGGACACAGGCAAAAAACAGCAGCCAAGGCACUGACCAGAUCCCCUGUGGUCAAAAGUCUUCAGAAGUCUGACCCGUCCAAGACUAACAGCGCCGCGAACAAGACGAACGCGAAAGAAGCCGGCAAGGCCAAGCCUCCCGCCUCAGGCAGGACGGUAACGGGUACGCCAGGCCCCAGAACGGACCUGAGGGGGAGGAGCACCCCCACCAAUGGUCCGGGAGAGAACCACGCAGUGAGUGCGAGGAAGCCUGCCUCCCCCAGGAAAGAGGACAGCAAGGGGAGCCCAAAGGCAGCACCUGGGGACAAAACACCCAGCGAAGCUACCAAGAAGAAGGCAGUAAAAUCCACACCUGCCUCCGGACCAGAAACCAAGUCCAGUCCCAAGCCAACGAAGCCUCCCUCGGGAACGCCCAGGUCAUCCCCUCUCACCGGAGGGAAAAGCACCCUGAAACAGAAAAGUACCCCAGAGUCACAUACGGCAAAGGGCUCCCCAAAGUCAGUUGGGCCUGAGAAACAGCCAUUGGCUGGACUCAAGAAGCAGGGUUCAAAAACCAAAGAGUCCACCCAGAGAGCCUCAGCCUCCAAAGGCAGAGGUGAGCCUGAGACGGCCGCUCCUGAGCAUGCUCAUGAGGAGAAGUCAAAGGCUGGGUGUGAGGGACCUGAGCAUGCUGGGAAGGUAGGAGAAGCAGCUCCGUCAUCCCAGAGCACGUCGCUGCCUGGCCCUGAUAAGAAUGGAGGAAAUGGCCCAGCCCAGGAAGAGAAGCCACAUCCUGCUCCCGAACUGCUGGGCGAUACUCAGCCCUCUGUAUCCAGUCCAGCACCAGCACAAACUAACAGGCUUACCGAGAGGCCGGCCCACAUGGAGUCCUCCAGGCCCACAGAGGGCGCUGCUGGGAAGCAGACAUCGGGCAGCGUAAUCCCACCCAGGCUCUGCACCAGUCACAGGCUAGGAUCCCCAAACUCGCCCAAGGACACUUACCCACUGGAGACCCCGGGUAGCCAGGAGGGGUCUGAAACACCGCUGGAGGACUCCUGGAGUGCGCCCCACCCGCAGGGCAGCCCUGAGUCAGAGACGGGCAGCGCCGCCACCACCUCUUCUGACGACAUCAAGCCCCGCUCGGAGGACUACGACGCGGGCGGCUCGCAGGACGACGACGGCUCCAAUGACAGGGGCGUCUCCAAGUGCGGCACGGUGCUGUGCCACGACUUCCUGGGCCGCAGCAGCAGCGACACCAGCACCCCCGAGGAGCUGAAGAUGUACGACGCCGGGCUCCGGGCGGAGCUGAGGCUGAGGGCCCGCGACAUGGCCGACCCCUUUCACGGCCACUCCACCAGCGAGGAGGAGGUGACCUGCCGCAGGCCCCGCUCCUGGCUGCACCGCGAGGAAGACCCCGUGGAAGAGGACGCCGGCGAAGAGGAGAACACCGUCACCGUCAAGAACGUCCCGAACCACCAGCUCUUCUCCUCUGACGAGGAGGAGGAAGAGGAUGAGACAGAGGAUGAGAGGUCGGAGGUGGAGAUCCCAGACGAGGCCCCGCCCCCUCCGGCCGACCCCUCCCCCCACCAGUUCCACGGAAUCGUCAACCUGGCAUUUGAGGACAUCGGUGAGCAGGACAAUGACCUGCAGGGCUAUAAGUCAGCCUCAAACUUCCGUCGCUCUGUUCUGCUCUCUGUUGAUGAGUGUGAGGAACUAGGAUGUGAGGAAGGGGGGGCGCAGACUCCCCCACAGCAAACCGAGGACCCUCUCGCGCCCAGUGAUGUCUCUGACAGAGCCCCCAGAAACCCAGCGGCACCCCAGCACGACUCCUUCCCCUCCCAGGGAAAGCAAGACCCAUUGGCCAACACCCUCAACAAGAGCACUGCGUCCAGGGAGGCCAAGGAUGUUUACGUGGAAAGAUGCAAUGAGGACCACACUCCAAUCCUGACGGAAGUCCAGCAGUCUGCGCAGGAGGCCGGAAAGCACAGCGAGCUGGGCAGGGUUACAUCCACUAAACAAACCCUGGACCCCAACACUAGUGACCUACGACCUCAGGAGAGGCCCAGCCACUUGGACCUCCAGCAUACCGAGCAAUACCCCGAAGGUGGGCCCCUGAAAAACGUCCCGGUCGACCCCACGGACGAGCGGAAAAAGGACUUUCACCUGGACUUGCAUGGGCACCAGCAGACAGGGGGCUGCCCCAGUGCACACACUGCACCUUCCUCUGCAGGGGACUGUGAUGACUGUGACAGAUCGGAUCAAACCUGCACACAUGACCGCCGCCCGUCCGCCGCCCUCUCUCCCAUUUAUGAGACGGACAAGGGCGAGCACCCGGAGCGCAGCUCGGACGCGGACAGGUGCGUUCUGGGGCGACAGGAGCAGCCGCAGGAAGAAAAGGAGGCGGAAGCGGAGGCGGAGGCGGACGACAGCGAGGACGAGGACAGCCAGUUCGUCGAGCGAGACUGGACCCUGCUCCGGCAGCUGCUCUCGGACCAGGAGUCCAGCCUGGGCGUCACGAACUGCGUCCCCGAGGAUCUCAACCUGGCCCAGUACCUCAUCAAGCAGACGCUGGCUCUGUCCCGCGACUACUUUCAGGCGGACGGCGACUCGUCCCUGGAGAAGGAGACGUUCAAAAGGUGGGCGGAGCUUAUCUCCCCGCUGGACGACUCCGGCGCCAGCAUCACCGUCACCAGCUACUCCCCGGAGGACGCCGCUUCGCCCCAGGGCGAGUGGACCAUUGUGGAACUGGAAACGCAUCACUGACUGACUGACUGACGAUGGGCGGGGUCUCCAGGCGCGGCCUUCGCUUUUAAACUCUUCCGAUUCGCUGCCAGAUCUUCUUUCUCAAACUACCUAGCUAGGUGUGACUUUACCUACGGCACGCUACUACAAGGAACAUUUUUGAAGGAUUGUGGAUUUAAAACUGUUUUGGCAUGUGAAUAUUUUUGUAUGUUUUACCCGUUUACUUGAUGUGGCUGCUUUUGACUUUAUUAGAACAAAACAGGUCUUUUUUUCUCCCCCCUUUUCAUGAUUCCUGCUCUCUGUGACGAUGCUUUGACAAAGGUGUUGCAGCAGAAAAUAGAAAAGAAAAAAAAACCAUGUUGCUUGAGCUGUUAGUUUGCGUUCAUUGUUCAGUUUAUGAGGAAAUAAAAAUGUGUGGUUCUACAAGACAAACUCCAGAAUAAAUGCUUCCGACGCUGUGAUCUGUAGCUCUUGGAGGUCAGUGAAGCUGACACAAUGAGGCCACGCUUUGAGGCACUGGGGUAGGCGGGGAUGAAGAUUUGUUGUACAUUAUUACAGACUUUGCGACUCCAGCUCGCUCUCCUUGCCCCACAGCCUCAUAUAAAUGAUGCAGGUUCUUUAGUCCAUAAAUUCAUUACGGUGCUCAAGUGGAUCCUGCAUUGAACCUCAGCCCCGUGCCGGUAGUGUCAUAGUGGUAUUAUGUGUAUCAGGAAGCACAUAAUCAGAUUUUUGCAAAUAGGUGCGCAAUUUUGAGUUGGAUGACUUAACGUUUGGCAGACCUCACCUCACACAGUUAACAGUUGUUAAAUAUAUACCCAGAUACAUAGAAAAACUGGCAGCAUGUGUCAAAAUAAAAUGAUCGUUCAACCUGGAUAUAACCCAACGUACGGCACGGGCCCCGGGGAUUGGCAUCACAAAGUGACAGUUAUAAACAGACUCAUUUUCCACACCGGUCUGUUUGAUGCCACAGUCUACCUUAGAGAGACAGAAUCACGCGUUUGCAUGUAGGAGAAAUGUAGUAUUACAAGCACAAAUUAUGAAUGUAGGUAGGUAACUAAGCUGCAGUUAAACCUAUGAAAUGGCUAAUUGUGUAACUGCAUCUUGGUUGAUACGUAUGGAAAUUCUGCAACUAGAUAGUAGUAGGAGCUGCGAAGGUAACGUCUAGACUUGCUGUGAUUUAUAUUUUUUAUUUUUGUUGCACGUUAAAGCAUAUUAGCCGUUGUUGAAUAAUUUUAGAAUGUAAUUAAUAUGACUCGACUGAAGAAUGUAGUUGGCUCAGUAACAUGCCUGUUUUGGAUAACUAAUGUUACUUUUCACUGAUCUCAUUGACGGCAUGAUGGUUACAUAGCAAAAUAGCAACAGUAACAGAUCAUUUGUAAUUUAGUCCAUCUGUUUAGCUAGCAACAAGACACGAGUUAUAGAAAUUGCAAAUAACAUUUAAAUAGCCAGAGUUGAAUAAAACACAUGAUCCAUGCUAUACUCCAACCACCAGCUAGCUGUCAAAAGUGGUUUUCAGCAUCAACUUACUCAUCACAUUAGUGAAAAUAUUCCAGGACAAGGUCAUUUAAAUCACACUUAUGUACUCCAAUAAAAUGGCAAAAUGUGCUCUGUUUUUCAAAUAAAGAACAACCUAUUCAUACAUA